UCUGCGCAUGCUCCGCAUCAGGGCGGAUAAUACACACGUGCUUGCGGACUGCCGCGGCGCCUGCGCCGUAAAAGCCUGGAGUCGGUGCACUUAGGUCGUUUUUCGCACCUUGAUUCCGUCUGUCCGCGCUAGCCCGUUUGUGUUCAGUGUCCUGUGCACACGCCUUGCAAGCGACGGCGCCAUGAGUCUGACUUCCAACGUACGAGUUGAGUGGAUUGCAGCAGUUACCGUUGCCGCUGGGACAGCCGCAAUUGGUUAUCUGGCUUACAAAAGAUUUUAUGCGAAAGAUCAUCGCAACAAAUGUAUGGUGAACCCUCACAUCCAGAAAGACAACCCCAAGGUCGUACAUGCUUUUGACAUGGAGGAUUUGGGAGAUAAAGCUGUGUACUGCCGUUGCUGGAGGUCCAAAAAGUUCCCAUUCUGUGAUGGAGCUCACACAAAACACAACGAAGAAACUGGAGACAACGUGGGACCUCUGAUCAUUAAGAAAAAAGAAACUUAAAUAGACAGUUUUAAUGCUGCAAACCAACUUGUCAUGAUGUUACCUGGUUGUUUAAUUAGAAUGACUACCACUUCUAUCUAAUUCACCUUCUCUGGGUUCUAGAUGUGAUAUAUUGCAAACUGCAGCUUUUGUAUUUAUGGCAUUUGCCAAAGUUGAACCAUCGUGGGGCACAUUUGUUUAAACAAAAAAAAAAAAAAAAAGGAAAA